AUGGGCGUGGACGAACACGCUCAUCUAGUCGGUAUCGCCCCGCACCUCGAGGCUGUCGAUGAAGACAACGGAGCCGUGUCCAUUCACACAUCCGACCAUUCCCUAUUGCUUCGCUUCAUCGAUUACUUUGCCUACAUUCACGUCGAUCAUGCGCACCUACGCGAGAUCGGUGUGUACUUGGAGCAUCCCAAUCCGGAGGCGGACUAUCCUGCACCGGCAGUCUGGUACUUCACCCAUGACAGGCCAUCAGACGUCGGCUCUAUCUCUGCGUACGAGUUAUCGGAUGAGGUGGUUCGCGACCUUCUGCAGACGCGGCAGGACUUUGAGAAGGAUGAUACUCGUCUCUGCUCCGAACUACGUUCUAGUCUUACGGAGAAGGCCCGGCGCACCGUUCGGCGGAACCUUCAUCGCUUGUCAGUGCAUCUGACGAUCUGGCGCCACAAUCAGCGCACCGAGCGGCGUGAUCUAGCACAGACUUUACUCGCGGCCGGCCGCUCCAUUGCGGAAGUUGGGCGCGCGCUUGUUGCCCGUGCUCGCAGAGAAGAGGAGGAUAGCGGUCAACAAGAACGGUUGAGUCAGUAUUACCGUUACAAGCGUUCAUACGGUGACAUGCUCGCCCUCCGUACUUAG